AUGGAAGAAUUGAACGAGGAGCCGGGCUUCACAGAGUCAAAUCCACAUUCACCAAACUGCCCACCAUCGGCAAUCAUCCGCUUUCGCUUCGGCAGCCGAACUAUUCAAGCUACCGGUGCUGCCUCGGAUCAUGCUCAUCCCAAUGUUCUACGCCUACAGAUUCAUCGAACGCUACUUGAACGAUUUAUUCAGUCGUUGUUCUGGAUCAUUUCGAGAGCAGAUGGUGUCUGGCUACGGAAUAGAUUCCCGGAGUGGUUCUUGCCAGAAAGGAUCGUCUUGAAGUCCCAAAAGAACAAUUGGGAAGAGGAGUUUGACCAGGAAGUGGCGGCAUAUAACAAAUUACAUCGCCUUCAAGGCAUUACCAUCCCUCAACUCUACGGCUUGAUCGACUAUAAUCACACUCGCGCUCUCAUUCUUUCAGACGUUGGGGGGUUCCCUCUCGCAACCCCACAAGGCGCAGUGCUGGACAAGCAGGAUCUUGAGCCCCUGUUAUACCAUGCUCUGACGUCCCUUACAGAACUGGGCGUUUGCCACGAUGACACCAAACUCGACAAUUUUCUUCUCGUGACUGAUGAGGGAAAGGAUAAAAUCAUGAUAGUGGAUUUGGAAUCGGCAGAUUUCGAAUUAUCUGAGGAAGAUCUUGCCUUUACAGCAAAGAGCAAAACAAACUGGCUAAUCCGGCAGUAUCGCAACCAUCUAGAUUGCAUGGAGUAUGACGGCGUCCGUUUACCCAAGCGGCCCCUCAGAACCUAA